GACCACAAGCAUUGGGUAGAUGGAUGGACGGUAUCGGCCUCGAAUGCUUAGUUCGGAGCCAUAUGCUCUGUCGUCUCCUAUAAAUGACUCGACCUGUCACUUCUCCCACAUUCCUGGGAUGAUAGCUCCCUGCAUGUUCCUUCGAGCCGCAUCCACCAUCGAUCAUGGACACGCCCGAGGAGAAGAAUAUACCCGCCAAGAAGGAAAAUUCUGUUUCGAUUCCAACAGCCGGCUCUCAGCAUCUUAAUGCUGAGACCAAUCAUUUCGAGGAACCGACCGAAGAAGAUCUGAGGACAUGUCAACGAGAGGCAGAUAAGCUGCCAAAAAUGGCUAUCCUUGUGGCCGUCGUCUCUCUAUGCGAGCGCUAUGCCUACUAUGGCUUCUUGGGCAUUCUCCAGAACUACAUUCAAAAUCGUAGGGACGACCCGUUGCGCCCUGGCGCCCUGGGACUCGGCCAGGACAUUGCCUCCUUGAUGAUCAACUGUUUCACUCUCGUUAGCCAAGUCACGCCUCUCGCGACGGCAGCCAUUGCAGAUUCAUAUCUUGGUCACUACAAGACCCUUCGCACCUGUUUCUGCAUGUACGCCGUCGGACUUACCAUUCUUCUAAUAACGUCUCUCCCGCCCUUGCUAAGGCAAGGCUCCGGACUUCCCGGUCUGAUUGUCGCCCUAAUUAUCAUCAGUCUUGGUGUCGGAGGUGUCAAGUCCACGUUGCCGCCAUUCCUAGGUCAGUCGAAUCCCUACACCCGCUUGUCGCACAAUCUCGUUGCAGCUGCUAAACCAUGGCGACAUUUAGCGGAGCAAUGCCAUGCAUCCAAGACUAGAAUCAGGAUCUCCAAGACGGGAGAGCGAGUCAUUGUUGACCGUGAGGCGACCGUCGAGUAUGCUUUCAACGUCUACUAUUGGUGUGUGAAUAUCGGUGGCCAAGCCAUUGUUGCAUCAACCUUGCUCGAAAAGAACAUCGGUUUCUGGGUCGCGUUUCUGAUAUGCACGUGCGCCAUCUUCCUUGGCCUCACUCUGCUCUACCUGGGCCGAAAGCAUUAUGUCAAUCUUCCUCCAGACGGCAGCGUUCUCCCAUCGGCGUGGAAAGUCAUCUAUAUUGCCGUCAGAAACGGGUUCCGACUAGACGCCGCCAGACCUGAAAAGGUGGCCGAAGAUACUGGCAAGACAGUAAAGUGGCGUGACAGCUUCAUCGAGGAGAUGAAAAAGGCGUUAGUCGCCGCGCGCAUUGGCGGCCCAUUCGUCGUCUACUGGCUCUGCCAGAACCAACUCACCAGCAAUACAAUCUCCCAAGCAGCCAACAUGGAGACAAGUGGCGUCCCCAACGACUUGAUGCCCGACCUCAACGCCAUUACCGUCCUACUAUGCCUCCCACUAGCAACGCACGGCCUGUACCCGCUGCUGCGCAAGCUGCGCAUCAGCUUCCCGCCGGUGACGCGCAUCGCGCUCGGCUUCCUGCUCGAGGCCAUGGCCAUGGGCUUCGCGGCGGGCGUGCAGGGCUACAUCUACGCGUCAGGCCCGUGCUACGACCAUCCGCGCGCGUGCCCAGCGUCGCCAGACGGCAGCCUGCCCAACCGCGUCAGUGUCGCCAUGCAGAUCCCCAUAUACGUCUUCGAGGGCCUCGGCGAGAUCUUCUCAAACCCGGCAAUGUACGAGUAUGCCUUCACCGAGGCGCCUCACAGCAUGAAGGCUGUGCUGCAGGCUUUCUUCGCCCUCACCGCCGCAGCUGGCUCUGCGCUCGGCCUCGCUUUAACCCCGACGUACAGGGACCCUUACUUGCUGGCCAUGUACGCGUCGUUGGCCGGCGCCAUGUUUGUCGGCGCCGUUGGGGUGUAUGCGCUUCUACGGCCGAGGCGGAGACGCGCCGAUAGCGACGCUGGCUCAUGA